UAUAGUGGUAUUGUUCAAAGCUGUUCAUAGACUUGAGAGACUGAAAUCAUAUCAUUAAUUGGAUGAAGCAUUGUUAAGUCAGCCAAUUUUACAUUUUUGAAAAAAAGUAGCCAGUUGUUCUGCCUUUUUCAUUACAUUGCUUUGUAUUGUAGUGUAUUGCUUAUUUUAACACACUAUUGCCUGUUUUUGGUGGCUUCCUGUCAUGUGAUUUCCUGUCUUCUGUCAAACUAGCAGAAGUUCACCAGUGCAACAUAAACUUAACUUAUAAGAAACUACGACCUCUGAACAGUGAGAACUUAAUGUUAGGUGAUCAUUUGAAGAGGUGAUUUCUUCAGAUAUUGUGACUUUUCGAUGCUUCUUCAGUGAAAUCUCAAAAAUGGAUGAACCUAACAGUGUCAGCUUCAUGCGGCUCCUCUCAGAUGAGAGCACCCAGUCCACCCUCUCCUCAGACUCUGAGUUAUAUCAAACCCAGAUUUUGGACCUGCUUCCAAGUGCGCAGGUGGGAUGUCCCAACCACAACAACCGCAUUUACUUGAACAGUGGACCAGAGAUGACCUCACAGCCAAUCAGGAACAUGCUGCUAUGUCUCCAGGCCAAGAGAGAUGUCCGGGACAUGAGGAAGAUGCAAAAGACCAGGAUUGGUUUUUGGGAGUCCUGGAGGCGAAGUCAGAGCAUAAACAGGAGGAGGGCCUGGGAGCAGAUAGGAGAGGCUCUCAGAGGACUGGUGCCAUGGCAACGCACAUUACACACCAUUGAAAGUCGCUUUGGUGUGGGCGUUAAAGCUUAUUUUGUGUUCCUGAGAUAUCUGGUGUACCUGAACCUGCUGCUCUGCGCUCUGGUUGGGGGCCUCAUCCUGGGACCAACUGCAUUUUAUGGGAAUGGCAACAACAGUGAUUUUUUCUUAAAGUUUGAGACCAAUGAUUCAGUGUUGGAUUUCUUCUUGGGAACAGGAUACUUGGACCGAUCCCCUGUGUUCUAUGGAUUCUACUCUCGUGGGUUACUGGAUUUUCCUUGUUUGAACACACCUCUGUUGUACCUCUACGCAGUUGUCUCCAUUUACUUAAUCAGUCUCAUCCUGGUUGUGAGGAGGACGGUUGUGGGCUACAAGUACACAUCAAUCCUGGGGAAACGCUUAAACACAUUUGUGUCGUAUAAAAUCUUCUGUGGAUGGGACCACACCAUCCAGGACCCUGCUGCUGCUGUUCUUAAGCACAGUUUUAUCAAGAAUGACCUGAAGCUGUUCCUUGAUGAGCAGAGGUUUACUUUACGUGAGGCCCAGAGGACACAUGGACAGUGGAUCCGGCUUUACCUGCUACGCAUCUUCCUCAACCUCAUAGUACUCUUUCUUCUCAGUGGAGCAUUCUUCCUCAUUUACUUUGCAACACAAAUGUCCCAAUCUGAAAAUCAUAAGAGAAGGCACUGGUUGGUCAGCCUGAUUCUCCAGUUCUUACCUCCCAUUACCAUAACUACUGUCAACAUGUUCCUUCCUCAUAUUUUCCGUAAGAUCUCGGGCUUUGAAGACAACUCUUUCACUGCGCAGGUCAAUGCCACACUUGUACGGAGUAUCAUUCUGAAGCUUGGCUCUUUGGGCAUGUAUUUAUUUUUCACCUUUACAGCCAAUUAUGAUCAGUGUUGGGAGAACAAUAAUGGUAGAGAGAUGUACAAACUCUGCAUCUUCAACUUCCUCACCGCAUUCUUGUUUGCCUUCUUCAUAAAUUAUCCCAGGAAGUUACUGCAGGAAAAGUUCCCAUCUUCCCUUAUGGCCCGUUUGUCUGGAAAACAGCAGUUCCUGAUUCCCUUCUAUGUUCUGGAUCUAGUCUAUGCCCAAACAGUGUCCUGGGUUGGGGUGUACUACUGCCCCCUAUUGCCUCUCAUCGGACUAGUCACACUCAUAGCUACUUUCUACAUCAAGAAGUUCACGUUGCUGCGGUGCUGUAUAGCAGAGCAGAGGAUGUUUCGGGGCUCCAGCUCCUCUGUUCUGUUUCACUUCAUGUUGCUGCUCGGCCUGGCUAUAGCAGGGGUCACCCUGUCCUCCAACUUCCUCAGGCCCUCACUAGUGCCCUUCUGUGGUCCAUUUGGGAACGGUACCAGUGCGAUAAAUGUUAUAAAGACAUGUAUGGAGACCCUCCCCAGUCCAGUCCAGACCACUGUGUACUUUCUCUCUUCUGAGACUUUUGCUGUGCCCCUGCUCAUGGGACAAGUUAUAUUACUAACCUUUUAUGUCUCAUGGCGGAGAGCCAACAGUAAGACCAUUGAGAGACUGAAACACAUGCUGGUGAUGACCACUUCAGAUAAGCAUUUCCUGGUGAAAGAACAUGCCACGAUUCUGAGGCGCAAAAAGAGACACCCAGACUCUGCUCAGAGGAAUAAAAGCAGGAGCCCAUCCCAGGGGCCAGGUUCACUCCCUCCCACACAGGACAACCCAAAAGAAAUAUUAUGAGUAGAGUUGAUGUUUUUGCUUAUAUGAACACUUGCAAUAAGCUGAAUUUUGAAGUCAAAUAAAGCAUCAAAAUUGCAUCUGUAAAUUGUAAAUACAUGUGUAAAAGUAGAAUCCAUUGUUAAAAAAAUAAAAAUAAAAACUGUGAUUAAUA